AUAGAGUGCAUCGCCGGCGCCUCUCGUCAGUCAAUAGCCGACAGCGCGCGCGAGCGCAGUUUUAAAAUAGCCGCGGCAAACCCGAUCUAAAAGUUCAAAGUGUUUCCUAGUCUCGAUUAGAAAAAGGACAUGGCUAUUCCCGUCAUGAGAGUGUGGUGCGCCACCCUGGCCGUGUUGCUGUUGGCGGGACAUUCGGAGGCCAGAAAUAUCACAAACGAAGACAUCCGGGAUGCGAUGCUCUCCCUCGUCCACAUGUUCCGGACGUCGGAGGACAAGCUGGAGCGCCACGAGUACCGGGAGAAGGCCCUGGGGGAGCAGCUCAAGAAGAUGAUGGCGGGGCUAGAGAAGAAGCAUAGAGCGUUGGAACCGCUGAAGGGCAUGAUAUCGCGGCUGGAUGAGAGGCUGUAUAAUGUCGAGAACAUAUUCUUACAGAAAGAGGAAAAAGAGAAGGUGUCCCAGAAGAAAACCAACGAGGUGCUGGCCGACAUACAGAAGUCUCUGCAGACGCUAACAGACAUCGUCGUGAAGUUGCCGACGAACGUGGCUAAGCGGCUCGACGACACCGACGCGAAGUUAGCCGCGCUCCACACCGACGUCGCCGCUGUCAAGAGCCUCCUCGAUAAUAAUUCCCGCGCGCUCUGCCAAGAAUCCGAAAACCCACUGGAGAGGCAUAUCAGUGAGGCGGAGAAACUCCUCAACAAGUAUGAGCUCAAGCUGAACGAGUACGGCAACGCGAGCCGCGUGCAGACGGACUUCGUGCCACUCAGCGAAGUGUCGCUCGCCGACGAGGCCUGGCACAGCAAGAUGACUGAAGUGAUGGAACGCCAAGAGCGUGACAUCAAGAAGAUCCAGCAGCUGCUCGGUGACGCGGAGAGCAUGUGGAAGGACCUACCGCGCCUGUCAGACCUCAACAAGUACACCAACCAGACAUUGGACGGUAUUGCGGCUUUGCAGAGGAACCUUACUGAGGCAGACGAGAAGUCCGUGGCGAGGGUGACAGCCAAGUUGCGUGACAUGGGCGACAGGUUGCUGGCGACCAACGAGGACAUCCAAGCCAGCCUCACCCAGGGCAACACCAUGAGCGAGCGAGCGUACAACGACAUACAACGCAGCUACGACGCCCUUCGGCUUGAGGUCCAAACAUUCUCCAAGAACGAGCACCUAUUGCAGUCAAUAGCGGACGAGACUAACUCCACGAAGAAGCGUAUCGAGUACGGCAUCCACAACAUACUGAUGGAGAUCAGGGAACUGACGCGCGUGCAGGGAGACCUUCUCAAUAUGACCAUCAACGAGAGGUUUGACAACACCGAAGCGCUCAUCAUGGGCAGCCAGGCGGGCGGGUUCAAGAACCUGAGCAGCAAGAUCGAGGGAGAGAUGACGCAGGUGUGGCGGCAGAUCGGCACCAUGUACCAGCAGCUCAGCGCCACCAAGGCCACGCUCGACAAGCUCACGGAACAAACGGCACAAUACGUUAAUGGCAGCGCCGCGACGCUGGACGGCAUCAAAACUAAGGUGGGGCAAGUGAGCGAUCUUACGGCGGAAGUGCAAGAGAACGUGAACUAUUUCGUCGGCAAGGUGUCUCUACUAUCGCAGGAAUUCGGCCACAUCAAGGAGAGUCUUGGUGCGGCGCUGGACGAAGCCACCACCAACCUUAAGGACGCGAAAACCGAGAUUAACAAUGGACCGGGCCCUCACGUCGCGAAGCCGGCCGCAUAGAUCUCUGCCAAAUACUUAUUUACGGUGGAAUACUGGAACUCUUCUAAAAUGUCAAUGCCUAAGUCGCCCAACAUAAGUACCUAUACAAGGUGUAACAAAACUAAGUGAUAAUACUUUGGGAUUUGUAUGAGUUCAC